GUCCGAUCCGACCCUAGCCGAUGACGAUACUGGAUUUAUAUUUCUCUGUAAACCUAAGAAGAUCAGAAGCCACGCCGAUAGCGAUCCGAGCCGGCAAAGAGGAGAAAGAUGAGAGCGAUGAGGAGGAUUUUAAGCUGCGUUGCGUUAUUGGCCGUUCUAGUUCUAUUUGUCUCUGCUAAGAAAUCCCGCGAUGUUACGGAGCUGCAGAUCGGCGUCAAGUACAAACCAGAGAGUUGUAGCAUUCAAGCUCACAAAGGCGAUAGAGUUAAAGUGCAUUAUCAUGGAAUGCUCACUGAUGGGAGUACAUUCGACUCUAGUUAUGAGAGAGGUGACCCCUUUGAGUUUGAGCUUGGCAGCGGUCAAGUGAUCAAAGGGUGGGACCAAGGGCUGCUUGGAAUGUGCAUUGGCGAGAAAAGGAAGCUGAAGAUCCCUGCAAAGCUUGGCUAUGGUGAAUCAGGAUCUCCUCCCAAGAUUCCUGGGGGAGCGACGCUGGUCUUUGAUACCGAGCUUAUUGCUGUCAACGGAAGAACUUCAACAAGCGAUGAGGAUACAGGAGAUGAAGAGCUAUAAGUUAUGUUUGAAUUAUUCCAAGCUCUGUUUCUUUGAAUGAGUAAACCAUGUGGUUGAAUUUUUAUUUUUUUCUUAAUAAUGCUUUUUAGCUGAA